UUGCGCCCUGGAAACCUGAAAAUAAAAGUAUGCUGAAACCGAUACUCAACCAAAUCGGAACCAAGCGGGUUGUCCUUGCCAGUGGAUCUCCCCGGAGACAAGAGCUGGUACAGAAUCUGGGAAUCAACAACGUGCUGCUAUGCCCAUCGACGUUCGAGGAAAAUCUCGAUCCCUCGCAGUACUCCUUCAGCGACUACGUUGCCAUGACGGCUCUUGGGAAAGUACGUGAGGUGUACGAACGCCUCUCGAAGGACGAGUCACAGCGGCCGGAUGUGGUGAUCGGUGCCGACACAAUGGUGACGAUGGAUGGCCAGAUGUACGGCAAACCCAAAACCCCGCAGCAUGCCUUCGAAGUUUUACAAAAACUCAUGGGCCGAACGCAUGUCGUCUACACGGGUGUGGUAAUUAAGUAUCACGAGAAGGAAGUCAAAUUUACCGAAUCAUGCCAAGUACACUUUGGUAAAGCUACCGCUGCUCAGAUACAGGCCUACGUCGACACGGGUGAACCUCUUGACAAAGCGGGAGGAUACGGCAUCCAGGGGUUAGGAGGCAAUUUCGUCGAAAGGAUCGAAGGAGACUAUUUCACCGUAGUCGGCCUUCCAAUGUAUCGUCUCUCGGUGGAGCUGUGCAAAUUAUUCGACUAUCAAGUAGAAUGA